AUGGCGCUCGUCACGCUGUCGGUGUACGACAUCAAGCACGCGGAGAACGCGCGGAUAUCGAGCGCGGUGACGUCGCUGAACACGCUGACGAGAAACGCGCUCAACGUCGGUGGCAUCUUCCACGGCGGCGUCGAGGUGUUCGGCGACGAGUGGAGCUUUGGGUACUGCCCGGAGGGCUCGGGCGUGUAUCGAUGCAACCCGCGGAUGAAUCCGAUGUACGAAUACCGCGAGUCGGUGCCGCUGGGGGUGACGUCGCUGUCGCCGGCGCGCGCGAGCGCGGCGGUGGCGGCGCUGCGCGCGCAAUGGCGAGGGAGCGAUUACGAGGUGCUGGAGAGGAAUUGUAAUCACUUUUGUGAGGCGCUGUGCGAGGCGCUCGGGUGCGAGGGACCGCCGGAGUGGCUGAACGCGUUCGCGAAUAACGCGAACAAGGCGCGAGGGGCGUACCAGAGCGCGGUGAGCGGGGUGGAGAGCGCGUACGAGAGCGCGGUGAGCGGCGUCGCGGGCGCGUGGGCGUGGCUCGCGAGC